CAAGUGGAAUUCGCAACAUCUAAAUAUCGUCCUUAUCUCGAGGAUUUAUCACGCUGGCAGUGUUUAUUCAACCCUACAACCUGUUGUAUAAGAAGCCCCUUUCAUGGGAGAUAUGAGGAGGAGGAGGAGGUGGUGUAUUAUAAGAGUACUAAGAACCUAACAUCAGUGAGAUGGAUGGCUGAUGUGGGUGGAGUAGAGGAUGUAAUAUUAUCGACAAUAACAGGAGAUGUUAUAGUAAAGGGGAAGAUAGAUCACGAGAUGGAGGCUGUACUUAUCUUAUAUAAAUAUGCCUCCUAUCUGAGAUAUGCCAUACAUUGGCCAACACCAUCUAGUACUACCUCCACACAGA